CUGUGGCUCAGGGGGCUGGAGCACCUCUGCUAUGGAGACAGGUGGAGAGAGUUUGGGUUGUUCAGCCUGGAAAAGAGAAGGCUCCAGUGAGACCUUGUGACAGUCUUCCAGUACCUAAAGGUGCCAGCACUAAGUCUGGAGAGAACAGCAAAGCGGUCCUAAUGAGGUAGGCACCAGAAGAAAGCCUCAGCCAGCACAGCAGGACAACUCGAGACGAUAUAGUAAUGCAGCUGCUAAUCAGAAUUCUAAUGCUGCUUCAAAUACUAGAAGGGAAUUUGUACCUAAGUGGAAUAAGCCAUCUGAUAUCAGAAUAAUUGAAAAGACAAUGAAACUUUCUGCAGAAGUGAAAGACAGGCCAGUAAACCAGUCGGUUUCAGGCCCACCACCAAGUCCUGUAGACACACAGCCUUUGAAUGUAAAGCAAAAGACGAGGGGUUUGGCUGCUGAUGAAGGUAAGCGAGGGUCGAAUGCGUCUCAGUAUGACAACGUUCUGGAAGCUGAGAAUGAGAAUCUUGUUGAAGAGGUGCUUGAGAGAGCUCAACCCCAGAGCCUGAGGCAUGUAGCAUAUUCUAAUAGUCCAGGAAAGCAAGCUGACAGAAACCCAGCCCCAUUAAAAAUACCCAAUUACACCUUCACUUCACAACCCAGAUCUCCAAAAUACUCCUUGCAAUCCGAUGGACCACCUCAUAGACUGAAUGCAGAACAGCCACUGCCCUGUUACAGGAAUCCACCUUCUUACCAUGGAAAUUCUCGAACACACGUUUCCAGUAUAGGCAAUAUGAGUUCUGUUCCUCUACAUUAUCAUGGGAAUCAAAGCAGCCCUUCUGGGAGGCCAUAUGGUUCUUUUAUUUCAGUAGAUUAUUCUCCAGAUAAACUACCAAUGAAUUCCUAUCCUGCCAGUCGCCAAAAUCCUCUUCCGACAACCCCUGGGCAGACAGAAGUAGCCCCUGUUGAUGCUUAUAGCAGCAACUCGAGAUCCCCCCCAGGGGUCAGAUUCAUAACCCCUCCAGUGGAUUAUUUCCCAGAAGAUAGAAAGUGGCCAGAUGCUGUUUAUAUUUACAGACACGAACCCUACAGGCAGCCCUGGAGCCAAGAUGUUAACAAAGGCCACUUGGAAGAUUUCCAGGUAUAUCAGCAUUUUCAGUCAAUGGAUUUUCAAGACCAUAGUGUUCAUCCUGUGUCGGUGGAUAGUCCACUAAGAUACAGGACUUCCCCAGCCUUUGAAGACCAUGGCUCACCAUAGGACCAAUAUUCAAGCCCAUCUGCACAAGCCCAACACUCUCAAAAUAGAACUGAUGGAUUGUCUGUGCAUGAAUCUGUGCCUCUCUGAGAACCUUAACUGUACUCAAUAAACCCACAAAGCCCAAGCGCAAUCAAACAUUACUGUGUUAGCAGUCAGUUCUGUGAAAUCCAGACAGUUCACGUGCAUCUCAAAAAUGACACUAUUUCAGAGAUGUUUCAGACUUUCACUGAAGGUUAGUUGAGUUCUUAGGCUUGCAUUGAAGCUAUUGAAGGUGUUAAGAUGCACAUAGACAUAGCAAUAAGAUUGUAUGUGCAGUGCGGCUAAUAGUCAUUGUUCUUUAUGUUUAAAUAACUCGUGUAACAAUCCUGCCCAAAACCUGUAACACAUUGACAAGUUUUAUGUUGACCGACAGACAUGGUUAAUGCACUGUAUAAUGUGUGUGUGCGUGUGCGAGUGUGCACUUACAACACAUCGACAUGUAGGGGAAGAGCUAAAGAGUUUAAAUGUAGAUGCAUUUAACUUUGUGCAAAGCUUGUGAAGUACUUUUAUUUCAUAUUAAUUUUUCUUUGUAAUUUAUUCUAGAAGCUGUUCGUUUUGAAUGGGAUUUUCUGUCAUUUAUAACACAGCUGCCUCAGCAUCCCAGUAUCUGUUCUGGGCAGGAGAGAUGCUUUGGGAUUAGAAUCAUAGAAUAGUUAGGGUUGGAAAGG